AAAAAACAUGUUAACAAACAGGUGAGAGGCGCGCAAAAGAUAAUGACAUCCGGCGUCGCCUUAGGGAAGCCCACCCUAGCUGGAUUUCUGGCAAACAUAAAUGAGUAGUUCAUGCCACGACGACAUAGAACGAAGCUUCGUGCCGCUAGUCCUCGAACAAAUUAAAACGUUGUUAGGUAGCGCGUAAGAAACGAGAGAAAAAACGAAACGGGACAAUUGUUGGUAAUAUCUUAUAGUUUCAAGCGGAUGGAAAUCAGACAUCCUUGGAUGUGGAGGAGAUUACUGGAUUGAGUGUUCGAAUGGUUGGUGAAAUGUCUCAAUUUUCUUAGUGAAAAAAGAACGCAUUCUUUGAAUUCAGGCUAAUGGGUGAAGCAGAAGUGAGAAGAGCUAGCAUAGGAAUUCCCAAGAGCAAGUGCAAUGGAACCCACAAAGCUUUUGAUCCAUCAUUUCUUGUGCAGCUCCCAAACAAGCUUCAAGAUUGUAUUAAGUCACAACUCAAGAACUUAUUAAAAGAUGGCAAGGGCGAAAACUUGGUGAGAAAAGAGAAAGGAUCAUUUGCUUCUACCGCUGCUCCUGCCUUGGGGAUUGAUUUGGAGAGGCAAUUGCAAGCCUGGAGAGAAAAUCCUGCUUGGACUGAUCAACCUCCACAAAUAAAGGUCAGUGUACCAAGAGGUUCUCUCUGCAACCUCAAUGCCAAAGUGGAUAUCGGGUUGCCCCCGGAUGCAGUGUAUGAUAUUGUGACUGACCCAGAUAAUAGGAGAGUUUUCAAAAAUAUCAAGGAAGUGCUAUCCAGGAGAGUUUUGCUUGAUGAAGGUCACAGGCAGGUGGUUGAUGUAGAGCAAGCUGCUAUUUGGAAAUUUCUUUGGUGGUCAGGGACUAUAUCAGUUCAUGUUUUGGUUGAUCAGAACAGACAAGAUCACUCAAUGAACUUCAAGCAAGUGAAAACUGGGUUCAUGAAAAGAUUCGAAGGUUGCUGGAAAGUGGAACCUAUAUUUGUUGAUGAAGCAAUCUGCUAUCCAUUUAAACCUAAAACAUUGGCGGACUAUUGUUCAUGUACAAGGGGGAAAGGAAGGAUAGGGUCGAAGGUGAGCUUGGAGCAGUUAAUCCAACCAGCAAUUGUUCCACCGCCACCAAUUUCCUGGUACCUAAGAGGAAUCACCACCAGGACUACUGAAAUGAUUGUAAAUGAUCUGGUCGCAGAAGCAGGCAGAAUCAGGGUAGGUUUUGAUGCUGAAAAAUGUGAAGAUUGGAGCUUGUAUGAUGAAAAACAACCUAACAAGUCAUCUAAUAUUAAAGAAAGAUGGGCUCUACAUAGAAGAAAUGCAAAGAAGCGUCCUAGAAAAUUGUUGACUGCUAAAAGAUCAUCUUUUGGUUCAAGUAACAGUUAAACUACAAUUUGUAUUCCAAUUGUAUUUGUAUCAGUUCAACAGAGAUAAACAGCAAUGCCUAUAUAUAUUAUGAUCUGUCUAAAGAA